GUCCGCGAAGCUAAGGACCGUUAUACAGUCGUUUGGGUGACAUCAGCACCGUUGUUUGUUAACGUCAGCGUUUGGGUUGAGUCUAUCCGCCCGCCACAGAAUCCUCAUUUGCCACUCCUUUUUGGUAUCAACGAAAAACAAUUUUAUUUCCCGUCGAUUAAUAAUUUUCUUUUCUUGUCCGCGAAGUCUGAACACCUUCACCAAAAUUCCCGGCGGGCUACUCUCGGCGGCGCUCCUUUCUGCUCCGGCAGAAAGAAUGGCAGCUCCGGAGGUGGAUGGCUCCAACUGGCUCCUGGAUCUUGGGUUCGAAGACAUUCCCUUACCUGGCGGGAAAUUCCCUCCUCUUGAGCCGGGAUAUCAGUGGCAUUCUAGUGCCAUCCUCUCUCCAGCCCCUCCCAGCAUUCGACAAGAUGAGUCAUAUGUAAAAUUUGAUGUUUCAAACGGAUGCAGCGCCAGAAAGAGGAUGAAAUCUGGGGCUUGCAGUGGAGCUGCUGAUUCUAAAGCACAGAGGGAGAAAAUGCGAAGAUAUAGGCUGAAUGACCGGUUCCAAGAAUUGAGUUGUGUGAUGGACCCUGGAAAGCCACCCAAAAUGGAUAAAUCGGCCAUAUUGAGCGAUGCUGUUAGAAUGGUACUUCAGCUAAGGGAUGAAGCUCAGAAGCUGAAAGAAUCGUUUGAGGAUUUACAGGAGCAGGUUAAUGAGUUAAAGGCCGAGAAAAAUGAACUUAAGGACGAGAAGCAAAAGCUAAAAGAAGAGAAGGACAAACUCGAGCUGCAACUGAAAGCUCUCAACUCUCGUCCUGGGUUUUUACCUCACCCGCCUGCAACUGCUGUUCCAUUCCCCACGCCUCAUCAUCUUGUAGGCGGCAAGCUGGUGCCUUUCGUUGGCUACCCUGGAAUCCCGAUGUGGCAGUUUGCAGCUCCUGCUGUUAUUGACACACCAGAAGACCAUUCUCUUCCCCCAGUUGCUUAAGUUUUAUUCUGUUUCUUGUUUUUCGAAUUUUGUGUUUCUUUUAGUGGCUCACUUCAACAGGGUGGCUUGAACCCCAUAUAUCUCCCACUUUCAUAAUCUUUCCAGGCAU